CAUCUUCCGGGGGUCCGAGUUGGAUAGGACACCUCGUUGGAAACUUGACAUUGGUCCUUUGAUUGUGCUGAAGAGUUAGAGAACACAAUGGGUUCGCUAUCAGUAAAUACAAUAAAACAGCUUAUGAAAGCUAUGGUGGACACCCCUGGCUUUGACCGCGUUUUAAACAAGGUCAGUGUCCUAUCCGCGAGCCCCGGUAAGGUUGUGUGUGAGAUGAAGGUUGAGGAAGAGCACACGAACCGAGGGGGCACACUGCACGGGGGGCUCACGGCGACCCUGGUCGACGUCAUCUCCACCACCGCGAUCAUGUACUCCGAGAGAGGCGCGCCGGGCGUCAGUGUCGACAUGAACAUCACGUACAUGAAUGCCGCCAAGAUGGGAGAAGACGUCCUGAUCACCGCGCAGGUCCUGAAACAGGGACGGACGCUCGCCUUCGCCACCGUAGACCUCACCAGCAAAGCCACGGGGAAGCUGAUAGCGCAGGGAAGGCACACGAAACACCUGGGCAGCGGCUAGUGUGCGGUCUGGUAGUAACGUGCUGUCAGGCUAGAGUGCAUGAAGUAGUCUUACUGUGUGUAAAUAAUGCUCCUACUUUGAAAGGUGUUAAUAAAAGAGCUUCUCAAAC